AGCACUAUUCCGUUUCGUUGACCGACUCGGCUUAAAUUGGUCACCAAGAAAACUCAAAAUUGGCCAGCGAGUAAGUCUCCUAAAUGCUAAACGUGCUCGACUUAUUUUUUGUUUUUAUUGCCCCUCGUGCCUCCUCUUACUUUCCUACCACUUAUCACGCAACUUCCCGCUCCGGUCUCCACUCUUGUCCUUUAUAAAGCCACCUUAACUCCUCACCAUACUCAUUAACUCUCACACUAUUCUUUCCUCCUUUCUUCUCUGCGCACAACUCCAGGUCUUCACCCUCUUUUUCUACCUUCAGAUCGAUUAACAGAGGUUCAAAAACAUUCAAAUGGCUCUAGAAGCACUCAACUCUCCAACCACUGCAACCCCAUCUUUCCAAUUUCAGGAUUCCGGCAGUCUUCACCAUCUUCGUGAGCCAUGGGCCAAGCGCAAGCGCUCCAAGCGUCCUCAGCACCAACCAACCGAGGAAGAGUAUCUCGCUCUCUGCCUUGUUAUGCUUGCUCGCGGUACCACCGCCUCAACAUCUGCCUCCACCGUCUCUUACCGCCACAGCUCCCCAACUCCAUCUCCUCAGCUUCAGGCUUCCACGAAUUCAGAGGAGAAACUUACCUAUAAGUGUACUGUCUGCAACAAGGCCUUUUCUUCUUACCAAGCCUUAGGUGGACACAAGGCUAGUCACAGAAAACUCGCAGGACGUGGUGACCAAUCAACUUCAAGUACCACAACUAGCUCUGCCAACGCCCCGAUAUCUAACGGAAGCGGUAAGCUUCACGAGUGCUCCAUCUGCCACAAGUCUUUCCCAACUGGACAAGCCUUGGGCGGACACAAGAGGUGUCACUAUGAAGGCGGCGCAGGAGGGGCCGAAAAGAGCGGGAUGACUUCAACUUCUGAAGGUGUCGGGUCAACCAACACACAGAGCCUCAGCCAGAGCCACCGUGGCUUUGACCUUAACCUCCCGGCCUUACCGGAGUUUGCCGCUGAUUUCUUUAUCUCCGGUGACGAUGAGGUUAUGAGCCCACUGCCGGCUAAAAAGCCUCGCCUCUUGGUGGAACCCAAAAUCGAAGUCGCUCAAAGUCACUAGGAAAAGUUUAGGACUUCUACAGUGUUAUUUUUAGGAAGGACAUGAAUUUAGGCGGAGUUUUUUUUUUUUUUUUAAGAAUUAUUUUGUGUACAUAGCAGUUGAAUUCUCUGUAUCGAUUGCUCCGUUGUCAGACUUGAUAUUCGAUUCUAUUCAAUUCAUUGUUUUAUAUUUUGAAAA